AUGGAGGUGAUGGACAGAGUGUUGGAGAAAGCUGGACUGCAGGACAUGCUGGAGCUGCUGAAGACAGAGCAGAACAUCUACAACAUCAUUUUCCAUGAGCUGAUUCGUCAGGUCAGCGUGGACUGCAUGGAGAGAGGACAACUGCUCUUGAAGGUUCAUAUUUUCUUCCCCCCACCCCUGCUGCAGGCACAGCUAAGUUUUUUGACAGCCUUGGUGAGAAAUAUGGAAGAUGGGUUGUUCAGGGUGCAAAAGCUGAAGCCAGGCUCUCACAGAGCUGAGCUGUGGGUGUUUGGUGACAAGAUUCCUGUGUGGUUGGCCCAGGUGGGUGCAGGAAUGAGCUGUAGAGGCUCCAACCAGCUGCAUGAAGCUGAGAGCAAUGAGAGAUCACAUGUCCCAUAAGAACAGAAGAACUUUUGGAAGAUGAUUCAACAAUGAUUCAUUCCCAUGAAUAAUGAGGUUGAGGAGAACAUCACAUAUCUUAAUGAAAAAGUGACUGAACUGCACCAAAAUCUGUGGCUGGUGAACUUGGUGAGACACAUGAGAGCAGACAAUGUGGAGUCCUGGGGGUGUCCCCCAUGGUGAGAAUCAGGUGCUGAGGUGGAAGAGGAGCUCAGAUUUCUGGAGGCUCCUAAGCUGCAGCACAAAGCUGAGGAGCUGGCUGCAGAGGUGGGCAGACCCUCUGGUUCUGUAAUCAGCUGCUGCCAUGAGAUAGUCAAAGCAAUUGUUUGAAAGAAACAGUCUGAGAUGGAUUUAGAAGCUGGUUUUGAGCUGGAGGAGCUGAGUAAGAGAAAGGCUGAGUGCUGUGCUUGGAUUCAAGCAUGUAGUCUUCUCCUUUCAGAGAUCAAAGGUACUCCUGUGUCCUUUCUGGAUUUAGAAGACCUGAGAAACCUCUUUGGAUCAGAGGUAAAACUGAGAAACCUCUUUGGAUCAGAGGUAAAACUGAGAAGCCUCUAA